CACCAACCAACAACCCACGGCGAGGUGACCGUCGUGUAUUUCCCACGACCCCCUGCCUUCCUGCAGCUUUCAACCAUUUCAGGAUGUCUCGAAUGUGGGAGGUCGAUCCGGAGACCCGGACAAAGCUUCUUGCGAUCUCCAAGACAAACGGAAACGAUAAAUGCUGCGAUUGCGGCGCCCCGUCGCCUCAAUGGGCGUCUCCUAAAUUCGGCACGUUUAUCUGUCUGAACUGCGCGGGCAUCCAUCGUGGCCUCGGCGUGCACAUCUCCUUUGUCCGCUCGAUAACCAUGGAUGCCUUCAAGAACGCUGAGAUCCUACGCAUGGAGCAAGGCGGCAACGAGCCCUGGAAGUCCUUCUACGACGCCCACCCAACCACCCUCACCGAGGGCCGCACCUUCGACGACUCAACAAUCAAGGAACGGUACGAAGGCGAGGUUGGAGAGGAGUGGAAGGAGAGACUGAGCGCCAAGGUUGAGGGUCGCGAGUAUGUCCCCGGACAGGUGCCGAAGAGGAAGGCCGACCCUGUUUCGACCGGUAAUAUUGGAGGUGGUGGGAUUGGGUCUCGAUCCAGCACGCCGUUGACGGGGCGGGGAUCUCCCUCCGUCUCGGGCAUGGAGGGGGGAGUAGGGUCGAAUAAUAACAAUGGAGGCCUGGAGGGACCCAGCAAGAAGGAACGCAACGAGGCUUACUUUGCGAAGCUGGGGUCGGAGAACGCAACGCGGUCCGACACGCUACCUCCAUCCCAGGGCGGCAAAUAUACCGGGUUUGGCAGCGGGUACACUCCUUCGCCGGCCUCGCAACAGUCCAGUGGUGGGGGAGCCCCGGCAUUUGAUGAUUUUCAAAAGGACCCCGUGGCGGCUCUGUCCAAGGGGUUUGGAUGGUUUACUUCUGCGGUAGGACGGAGCGCAAAGACGGUGAACGAUACGUACAUCCAGCCCACGGCUAAGACGAUAGCGGAAUCCGACUUCGCCGCGCAGGCCCGCGUCCAAGCCUCGCAGUUCGGCCAAACGUUCCAAGCUGGCGCCCGCGGCGCUGCAGACUCCUUCAACCGGUUCGUCGAGGGCGAACCCGACGACCACCGGUCUUCCUACGGCCCAGCCGGCGGGCGACGCCGCGCGGAACCCGAACGCAAAGACUUCUGGGACGAUUUCUCUACGAUAGGUGAGCAGGAGGCGCGGCGGGCGGCUGCUGCGGGCGGCACGGCUGCUUCCUCUGGUGCGAUUGGGACGGCGGCCAUGAGAAAGGGAGGCGGGCCCUCUGUCGCUACUACGGCUGGUGCUGGUGUUUCUUCGAACCCUUCGCUAGCCAGCAAGGGGAAAGAUGAUGGCGGAGGGUGGGAUGAGAAUUGGUAGAAACGGCCUGGUUGUCUUAUUGAAUUCAAUUCUUUCUUGAUAUUUGGUAGAGUUUAGCUUCCUCCCCCCCUUUUUUUU